AUGCAAUCUCAAGAAGAAUUAAAUUUAGAUCAAUUAAUUGAAGUACUUAGUUAUGAUAAAAAAGAUUUACCAAUUGAAUUAACUGAAAAAACUAUUGCCAAUAAUCAACGUCAAGUUGGUAGUAGUAAAGCUAAAAUUUUAAUGCGUGGAGUUACUGAACAACAAUUAUUAGAUCUUGCUCAUUCAGCACGAGCAUUAUUUAUGAGUGAACCAGUUCUUGUUCAUAUUACUUCACCAUUGAUUAUUGUUGGUGAUUUACAUGGACAGCAUACUGAUUUAUUACAAUAUUUUAAACGAUGCGGUAAACCACCAGAUCAAAAAUAUUUAUUUCUUGGUGAUUAUGUUGACCGUGGUAGACAAUCAUUGGAAACAAUUUCGCUUAUUUUGGCUUAUAAGUUAAAAUAUCCUGAUAAAUUAGCUGUUUUACGAGGAAAUCAUGAAUGUAGUCGUAUAAACCGUAUCUACGGUUUCUAUGAUGAAUGUAAACGUCGUUAUUCAACAAAAUUAUGGAAAGUAUUCACUGAUUGUUUUAACUGUCUUCCUUUAGCCGCACUAGUUGACAAUAGUAUGUUUUGUGCACAUGGAGGAUUAUCACCAGAUUUAAAGAAAUUAGAACAGUUGAAUGAAAUACGACGUCCAACUGAAGUACCAGAUAUGGGUAUUAUUUGUGAUUUAUUAUGGUCAGAUCCUGAUGGAUCAUAUGCUGGUUGGAAAGAAAAUGAACGUGGUGUUUCUUAUACAUUCGGUGAAGAUGCAUUAAUUCGUUUCAUGAAUGAUUGUAAUGUUAAAUUAGUGGUUAGAGCACAUCAAGUUGUUGAAGAUGGUUAUGAAUUUUUUGCUGAUAAAAAGGUUGUAACCGUAUUCAGUGCAGCAAAUUAUUGUGGUGAAUUUGAUAAUGCUGGUGCAGUUAUGCAAAUUAAUGAAGAUUCAGUCUGUUCAUUUGUGAUUUUAAAACCAUAUAUAACUAAAAAGAAGGAAUCGACCUUGGAAGAAUCGGAAUCUACCGGAGACCUUGCAAAGAAAGAAGACUCCAAGGUAAAAGAACAAGAGGAGAUGACACAAUCAGUAACCAACAUACAGAAAUCAAAGUAA